GCUAGCGCACACAGCCGCUACGAUCCAUGAUGCACCAAUACCUUUCGUAAUCAUCAUAGCAUCCAGUUUGCUUGCAUCGAUUGAACACAUCCAGCUUGCUCGCGCACGUUGAAUACGAGUUUGGUCUGUGGUCAUCCUUCCCCGCGCUCACCAUUUCUUUUUUCGGGGUGAUGAAUAGGAGAGAUUGGACAAUUCAUCUCGCGGACCAAGACGCCUCUCCUGCCCCUUUUGACGCCUUCGUAUUUAGACGCAAUCCCUGGCGCUAUUCCCCCCUGGCGCUGCGACGCCAAGGUUCCAUCUCGCUUCGUCUCUCGCCCUCUCUAUCUGCCAUGCCCUCCUCCUCGCCUCUCGCUCCCCGCCACCUCCUCUCCGCCUCCCUCCCCCCGAUGACCCCCCGCCGCGUCGCUGUAAUUGGCGCCGGCGCCGCCGGCCUCGUUUCCGCACGCGAACUUCGGCGGGAGGGCCACCGCGUCGUCGUCUUCGAGCGUGGCGGUUCGGUCGGCGGGACCUGGGUCUACACUCCCGCCGUCGAGUCCGACCCCCUCAGCCUCGACCCCGCCCGCGAGGUCGUCCACUCCAGCCUCUACGAGUCCCUCCGCACCAACCUCCCCCGCGAGUCCAUGGGCUUCCUUGACUACCCCUUCGUCACCCACCACCGCCGCGGCAACGACGACGGCGAGGGGGACCCUCGGCGGUUCCCCAGCCACGCCGAAGUGCUGCGCUACCUGGAGGAUUUCGCUCGGGAUUUCGAUCUCUACGGGCUGGUCCGGUUCUGGACGGAGGUUGGCCAGGUGGAGAGGGAAGAGGACGGGAGGUGGGCGGUGAGGUCAAGGAGGGUCAGAGGCGGCGAUGGAGGUGACGAGAGCGAGGUCUAUGAUGCGGUGGUCGUUUGCAAUGGCCACUUUACGGAGCCUCGGGUCGCCGACAUUCCUGGUAUUGAUGCAUGGCCCGGAAAGCAAAUUCACAGCCACAACUAUCGUGUCCCAAAGCCAUUCAUUGACCAAGUGGUGGUUGUAAUUGGGAGCUCAGCUAGUGCUCAUGACAUUUCAAGGGACAUCUCUGGAUCUGCUAAAGAGGUUCAUAUUGCAAGUAGAUCAGCACUUGUCGGAACUCCCAAUAAGCUGCCUGGUUAUGGCAAUGUGUGGCUUCAUUCCAUGGUAGAAAGUGCUAAUGAAGAUGGUCAUGUGGUCUUUCAAGAUGGCAGCUCAGUCCACGUUGAUGUCAUUAUGCAUUGUACUGGGUACAGGUAUAGUUUUCCUUUCCUCAAGACCAAUGGUAUUGUGAAUGUGGAUGACAAUCGUGUAGGGCCUCUCUAUAAGCACAUUUUCCCCCCAGAGCUGGCCCCAUGCCUUUCCUUCAUAGGAACACCAUGGAAGGUGCUCCCUUUCCCCACGUUUGAACUGCAAAGCAAGUGGGUAGCAGGUGUUUUAUCAGGACGGAUCGCACUUCCAACCCAGGAGGAAAUGAUGGAAGAUGUGAAAGCCUUUUACUUGCAAAUGGUAGUUGAUGGAUGGCCCAAAAGAUACACACAUAACCUCACAAAAUUUCAGUUUGAGUACUUCGACUGGCUUGCCCAUGAAUGCGGAUACCCCGCCGUGGAAGAGUGGAGGAAGCAGAUGUAUGAGGCAGCUGCAGAGAAUAGAAGAGACCAUCCAGAGAGCUACCGAGAUGAAUGGGAUGAUGAUCAUUUAGUUGCAGAAGCACAGAGAGAUUUUCAAAAAUUUUUAUGACCACAUUUUGUUUUUGACAAUUGUUUGCGUUAUUAAUAACUAUUUGUAGAAAUAUGUAUUUCGAGCUGGCAUUGGUUCGGCUUGACAUUGUUUCUAACAGCUUGAUCCUGCUUGAUUGGUGGGUAGCUUGAACUUGAAGAUAUAUAUGCCGUUUCUUCUUGGGUUUAA